UGGCUUUGUGCCUAUACUGAUUCGGAAAUCGACAGGGAACAAACAGAGAAGAAAGAAGGGGAAGACACCUUGGAAUUUAAUAUGGGAAGUAGAGAAACGAGGAAGAAGUGGAGCUGGAUGGAAGACGAACUUCUCAUCAACGCAUGGCUUAAUACAAAUAAAGAUAUCACAGCCAACACGGUUCAACCAAGUAAAGAUCCACCAAGUAACUCUUUCUGGAAAAGAAUCGAGGAAUAUUACAUGGCGAAUAAGCCAGAAAAUGCAGUGCCUAGACGUCUUACACAAUGCAAAAAUCGUUGGAGUAAGAUAUGUAAGGCAGUAAAAAAAUUUAUUAGGUGUUACGAGAAAGCUGAACGAAACAAGCAUAGUGAGCAAUCAAGCACAAAUGUCUUCAACUUAGCAAAGAAGAUAUAUUCAAAUUACGGCAAUGAUAAAGAAUUCAUUCAUGAAGGCGCUUGGCGUAUUCUGAAAAACGAGCCUAAAUGGAUGGCGAGCUAUUCCAAAUCAUCUGAGAACAGUGGUGGAAGUUCAAAGCGAACUAAAACAAAUGAAAAUGGUGGAUACUCAGGUUCAUGUCCGGCGAUACCAUAUUCUGACAGUGAUGAUUUGACUCCCCCUAUUCAUUCUGCUCGGGUAAAAGUCGGUAAAAAAAUGGAGAAACCAGUUGGAAACGAGACGUUCAGUUCAAGUUCCACUAGCAAGGACGAGACAAGUGGUGAAUAUAGCGCAAGUUUGAAUCGUGCCGCGGUGGAUAAAGAACAAAGUUUGAAACAAGAACCCGAGAAACUACAAGCAAUUUUGAAAACCAAGAAGUUGGAGAAGAUGGUCAAGAAGUUUGACAUGGAAGCCAAGAAAUUUAAUAAAGAAGCUAGAGAGAUACAAGUUCGCGGGAAGAAGAUGGAUUUUCUCAUUAUGUUAAUGGCGAAAGGUGAUAAUCUCAGCGAAGAGGAAAGGGUGGUGAAGAGUAAGUUGCUAAGGGAAAUGUUUUAAUAUAUAGGUAUUAGAUUGUCUUAUAAUUUUUGAAUAUUUUCAAUCUUUAUUUGUAUAUAUGUAGUUUUAAGUAAGUCGCUAAUGUAAUUAGUAUUAUAAUUUUUACUGUAAUUUUUAUUAUAAUCAAGCUAAUAAUUGGCUUCAAAAAUAAAAUAUAACAUAAUAUCUGUAAAUUACA